AGAAAGUCUCUACCACGUGUGCAGUGAUCAAUACCUUCCCCACCAAUUCCUCAACAUCUCUUCAGUCUUUGAGACCUCUCACAAUCAGUGUUAAACACAAGUGGCCCAGGGACAGUCAAUUUAUCUCGCGUGAUGUUGUAAAUCGUGAAUACGUCAGAUUUUACAAAUCUGCGGUCAUUUGAUUGUUUACGUCUUCUUACCCUCGAAAAUAAUAUUGAAAACAUUAUUUUGUCGAGUUGUAAUUACUUUGAACACUUGCAACGUCGAGGAGAAUUCUUACAAGUGAUAGCUAAUGAAGGAAGAAAACAGAAAAAUUAUGUUCAAUACAAUUAGUCAUCGCUGAUAAGAUAAGUGAUGACGAAGUUUAACGUUCUUGACUACUGAACCAUCAGGUGGAAAUAAAAAUGAGGGAUUAUUCUCGAAUCGUUACACGAACUCAACAAAAUACCAAAGGAUAUGGAAAAGAGAAAAAAACAAUUAGGAAUUGUUCGAGAGAUUUUCCUCGGAUUAAAUCGCGAGUAUCUCAGUCGAGGAGUGCAAUUAAAUACUUUAAAGUCUUUAGCGCAAAGGAGAGACUCAGCAAAUACCAAACAGUUUCUCGAUUUUCCGUUGAGCUUCAGAACAUUUGCAGCAGGAAUUUUUGUUUCGCUGAUUUGCGGAGUAAUCAUUCAUGGGCGUGACGAUUUAGUUAAUUAUGUCUACAAUUCGAGAUGUUACAUUCCAAAUAAUUAUUUAGUUUGGGAGUUUACGAGACCAGUGUCAGACUGUGAUUUCUGUCGUGGAAUAGACUCUGCUAUAAUUAUUGCAAAUGAUACCAAAGAGGAGUUCGAGAAGUUUGCGUACAGUUCCAGGCCGAUUAUCGUGAAGAGGGCGAUUGAGCACUGGAGGGCUGCAGAGGUGUUUAGUCUUGAGUUUUUUAGGGAUUUGUAUGAGAGGAUUGAGGGGAGUUAUGAGUCGGUUGAGGAGGAGUGCCAGUUUCUGCAUUUCAAGAGCAACUUUUCGAGUCUUAAGGAAGUGUUUGGGAUGAGCGAGGGACGGAGGCAGAACAGGGAGGGAGGCAGCUGGUAUGUUGGAUGGAAAAACUGCCAUCCCGAGGUGCUGGAGGAGAUGAGGAAGUACUAUGAACCGCCGAAGUUCCUGCCAGAUGAUGCCGAGGUGCCCCAGACGAAUUAUGUGUUCCUGGGGUAUGACGAGGGCGCGAUCAUGCAUUUGGAUUACAUUCCGCGACUGAUGUGGCAGGGUCAAAUCUUAGGGGACAAAACCUGGACUGUGGCGCCAACUCCAGAGUGUGAUAACGUCUGCAAUAAAUUUAAUUUCUCUGUAAACAGUGGAGAUGUUAUUCUGCUCGAUACAAGACUUUGGUACCAUGCGACCUUUGUCGACAAGGGACAACUCAGUCUCACGGUGACUUCUGAAUACGGAUAAUUGUACAUAUAAAGUGAAGAAAUUUUAUACCAAAAUGUUGGAAGACGAUAAGUCCAGAAUUUUUACAAUAUUGUAGCAAAUAAUCUAAAUUUUUUUCUUGCCAAAAAACAAAUUGAGACCGUGAAUGAAUUGGAAUUUUUCAAAGUGAAUUUUCCAAAGUUUUUUAAGGAUGUUGCGUAAAAUAUUUGUUAAUCAAGUACAUAGUUCGAGAAAAUUUUCUACAAAAAAGUUUCCUGAUGAAUUCAUCGAAGCGUUGGCCGUCUCAAUAAAUUGGCAGCAAAAUAUUCCAAUUUUCCGGACUUAUCUCUUCCUAGUCUAGGAAUGUAACCAGAUUGUACAUAAAUUGUGAAAAUAUUUUUUAUCAUUUUAUAAAUGUUCAAAUGGGUUAGGGUACUUUUUUAAUAAUAAAAACAAUUGUGCCAUGCUA